UAAACAGGUCUCUUCCUCUGGGCACACUUAGAACCCAGUUCAAGGUAAUCUCUCUCACUCUUUAUAGUAGUUUCUUGAUUUGAUUAUCUGAUUUGGGUACAUGUAGUAGUGAAUAAUGAUGUAAAGGUUUGAUCUUUUUUUCUUUCUUCUCAGCUGUUUUUGAGUUUGUACAUAUAAAAAUGGAGAUUGCUGCUGUAACCCAGAGACUAUAUAACUUUGAAAUCCGGAGAUUGGUGUUUAUAAUUGGUGUGGCGGUUGUUGUUGUAGUUUUGAAUCAGUGUUUUGAGCUUCCUUAUGGUAAAGGUUUUUACUUUUCACCUGCUGAUACUGAUUCAGCUUCAGUAGUUACAGUGUUGGGUAAUGUUAGUAGUUCAAACGAUUCAGAGUCUAGGAAGAUUGAUGUUGUUGGCGUAGUGCGGGUAAUGUCUAAUGACAGUGAUGUUGUAGAGUUAGAAAAAAAUGCAAGUAAGGUUACAGUGGGAAUCAAUAGAAGUGAUGAUGAUAAAUUUAGAAAUGAAUCUGUACUGAAAGAUAGUGGCAUAGAUGAGAGUAACACGGCAGACAAUGAGCCUAAAACAAGCUCAGUGAGUGAAUUUCAUAGCGAAGAUGGGAUGGUGUCGGUUGUAGCUCAAGGAGCGAGUACAUAUAGUCCGGAGAACAUAGAUGCAGGUUCAAAGGGUGACAUCAAACAAGCUACUAAAAUUCAGGUGGAGGAUAAGAAGACUGAGCCUUUGCAUUUUGUUUCAAUCACCUCCCAUGAUAAUUCAUCAUUGACUGGUAUCUCCACAUUGAAGAAGUGGAAUCCACGACCAAUAUCACUGUCCCAGAUGAAUUCAUUAUUGCUUCAAAGCCCCAUUUCUUCUAGUUCAAAGAACCCACGGCAGUAUUCCACACGUGAUCGUGAACUCCAAUCUGUGAAAGUGAAGAUUGAGAAUGCUCCUAUCAUAAGGGACAAUCCAGGACUUAGUGCAUCCGUUUUCCGAAAUAUUUCCAAAUUUAUGAGGAGUUAUGACUUGAUGGAGCAGAAGCUCAAAGUUUAUGUUUAUACAGAAGGUGAAAAGCCCAUAUUCCAUCAGCCUUUGAUGCGGGGGAUUUAUGCCUCAGAAGGAUGGUUUAUGAAGCUAAUCGAGGGAAAUAAAAAAUAUUCUGUCAGGGACCCCAGAAAAGCUCAUUUGUUCUAUCUUCCCUUUGAUUCGCAUAUGCUGAGGUUGAAACUUAAUGGCACUAGUAAGAAGGGUCUAGAAAUGUAUUUGAAGCGAUAUGUUGGAGUAAUUGCAAAAAAGUAUCCUUUUUGGAACAGAACAGGAGGGGCAGAUCAUUUUCUUGUUGCUUGCCAUGACUGGGCCCCCAAGAUCACAAGCAAGUGCAUGGGGAGUUGUAUCAGAUCCCUUUGCAAUGCCAAUAUUGCUAGAGACUUCAAAAUUGGCAAGGACACCAGUCUACCUGUUACAUAUAUAAAAUCUGUGGAGGACCCUCUGGCAGAUCUUGGAGGAAAACCUGCUUCAGAAAGAUCUAUUUUAGCCUUCUUUGCCGGGGGCAUGCAUGGCUAUCUCCGACCAAUUCUACUGCACUACUGGGAAAACAAAGCGCCUGACAUGAAGAUCGUUGGCCCGAUGCCACGAGAUACUGAAAGCAAAAGACUUUACAGGGAUUACAUGAAGAGCAGUAAGUACUGCGUCUGUGCCAGGGGUUAUGAGGUACAUACACCUCGAGUCGUUGAGGCCAUAUUCCAUGAAUGUGUACCAGUCAUCAUAGCAGAUAGCUAUGUGCCUCCUUUCUUUGAGGUAAUCAACUGGGAGUCAUUUUCGGUUUUUAUACAAGAAAAGGACAUCCCCAACUUGAGAAACAUUCUGCUUUCGAUUUCGGAUGAGAAGUACCUGAAGAUGAAGUCGGAAGUAAAGAUGGUGCAACAACAUUUCUUUUGGCACAAGAAACCUGUCAAGUAUGACUUGUUUCACAUGGUACUUCAUUCAGUCUGGUACAAUAGAAUUCUUCAGAUAAAGAAAUAAUCUUCAGUU